CAUCUGCAGGAAGAAGACAUAAUGGAGAAAUACUCUGGGUGGCAGUACUACUCCAAGGAACAUACGACUUCAGGAAAAACACCAACGAAGAAGAGAAGGUGGGCGGAAAGAGCUUCCCGUGUUAUUGGAGCAAGUUCAUUGACAACAUUCCUCCAUCGUGCAGUCGCUGUCAUGGCUUUCCUCUGCAGAAGUGCUGCCUCCCUCCUGAAGCCCUCCCGAGCAGCGCCGGUUGUUCUGUCCGCUGCCCGCCUCUACAGCUCAGGUGCUCAGUAUGAGUACAUUUUGGUGGAAAAGCGCGGGGCGAAGAGUGAUGUGGGCUUCAUCCAGCUGAACAGGCCCAAGGCCCUCAACGCUCUGUGUGACGGGCUGAUGAGGGAGGUGGGACAGGCCCUGGAUGUCUUCGAAGCUGACACAGAGGUCGGGGCCAUCGUCAUCACCGGCAGUGAGAGAGCCUUUGCUGCUGGAGCGGACAUUAAAGAGAUGCAGAAUCGAACUUUCCAGGAGUGUUACGGUGGAAACUUCCUGGCUCACUGGAACAGAGUGUCCACGGUGAAGAAGCCUGUGAUUGCUGCCGUCAAUGGAUUUGCUCUGGGUGGAGGCUGUGAGCUGGCGAUGAUGUGUGACAUCAUUUACGCCGGGGAGAAGGCGCAGUUCGGCCAGCCAGAGAUCCUGUUGGGGACCAUUCCUGGAGCGGGGGGCACCCAGCGGCUGACGCGUGCGGUGGGAAAAUCCCUGGCGAUGGAGCUGGUCCUUACAGGAGACAAAAUUAAUGCAGAAGUCGCCCGGCAAUCAGGACUGGUGAGUAAAGUGUAUCCUGCCGACCAGUUGGUGUCGGAAGCUGUGAAAUGUGGUGAGAAAAUUGCUGCCAACUCCAAGCUGGUGUCUGCUAUGGCUAAAGAAGCUGUGAACGCAGCUUAUGAACUGACUCUGGCUGAGGGUAAUCGUUUGGAGAAGCGCUUAUUCCACGCUACCUUUGCAACAGAGGAUCGUAAAGAAGGCAUGACAGCAUUUGUGGAGAAGAGAAAGGCCAAUUUCCAGGACAAUUAGAAAAGAGCAGACCAAGAGCUCGGCCAAUAACACAAAGUUCCUGAUAUCAGCGGAUAAUUUCCGAUCUGCAACAAGCUGAAUGGUGCACAAAUCCUGCUUGUAUUGAAGCAUACAAGAUGUUUAAAUUAGGAUUUGGUACUAAGAGUUUGCACCGGAGUGUCUUAUCACACUGAAGCUCUAUUUGCAAAGUUUGGUAUUAAAAUCAAAAGCAGUCUGGGUGCAAGACGUGCACUGGCGUUUGAAUUUGAAUAAUACUUUAUAACUCUGCCGGAGUGCAAUAGGAGGAAUCAGUUGUAAUGACUUGACUGCCUUUUUAUUUUCCCUUUCAAAUGUUUGUCUGCAUUUUGAAGGCAACACACUUCUCUGUACAUUUUACAAAUAAAUCUCAGUGAGUGAGAAAUUAACACAAA